AUGAAUGUUUCAUCUGACGUUGAUUUUAUAAGUGUUGGAUGUAAUUGUUUAGGUGAUUGUUUAGUAUGGGGUCAAAAUAAACUUGCAGCAUAUGGUGCACAAAAUUUCAUUGCAUUAUUCGAUCCAAUUCAAUCAAAAGUUUUAGCAACAUUACCAGGUCACAAAGAUAGAGUAAACCAUAUUUGUUGGGUACCAAAUAUUAAUGAAGAAUAUAAAAAUAGAUAUUCUAGUUAUGAAAAUGAAUUAUUAUCAUGUUCAUCAGAUAAUACAAUUAUAUCAUGGAAACAAAUUAAAGGUGGAUUAAAUUAUCAAUAUAAAGUAGUUGAAGUUUUAAAAGGACAUAGUGAUAGUGUUACCAAUAUUUCAGUUUUAGAUUUUCCAGAUGGAUCAUUAUUAAUGUGUUCAACAUCAGCAGAUAAUACAGUUAAACUUUGGAGAAGAGAAUCAUUAACAAAAGAAAACAUAGAUACAGAUACAUUACCAAAAUGGGAAUGUAUUCAAACCAUUGAUUUCACACCAAAAUGUAUGGAAUGUUCAAGUCUUGCUUUCAUUCCAGGUACAACCAUACCAUUAUUAGCAGUUGGUGGUUUAGAACCAAAAAUUCAUAUUUAUAUUCAAAAUUUAGAUUCAACCACAGCAACAUUACAAUUUAAAAAAUUAAUGUCAUUACAAGGUCAUCAAGAUUGGAUUAGAUCAUUAUCAUUUAAAACAAUUAAUGAGGGAGAGGGAGAGGGAGAGGAAGAAGAAUUAAUAUUAGCAUCAUCAUCACAAGAUUUUAAAAUUAGAUUAUGGAAAAUUUCUAAAUUUACAGCAGAGAAACAAAAACAACAACAAUUGGAUGAAAGUGGUAAUGGUGGUGCCAAUUUAUUAGGAUCAUUAUCUACACAAUUAAGUGGUGUAACUUCAUUAAGUACUAAAGGUUAUUUAUUCAAUUGUAAUUCAGUAAAGUAUAUAAUAUUAUUGGAUGCAGUUUUAUCAGGUCAUGAUGAUUGGGUUUACUCAAUUCAUUGGUCACCAGCUAGAAGGGAUCAAGAAACUGGUAAGAAAAUUCAAGAACAAAUGUUAAUUUCAGCAUCAAUGGAUAAAACUGCAAUCGUAUGGAGACCAGAUCGUACAACUGGUAUUUGGAUUGACGAAUCUAGAGUUGGUGAUAUGGGUGGUAAUAUUCUAGGUCAAUAUGGUGCUGUUUUCUCACCAUGUUCUCAAUAUAUCCUUUCACAUGGUUACAAUGGUGCUUUUCAUUUUUGGAAACAAAAUACAAAUCAAAAAUCAUCAUUUUGGGAGCCACAAAUUGUAGUUAGUGGUCAUUUUGGUCCAGUUCAAGAUUUAAUGUGGUCACCAGAUUAUAGUUAUUUCAUUUCAUGUAGUACAGAUAGAACUUUACGUUUAUUUAGUGAGUGGAAACGUAAUAAUAAUAAUAAUAAUUUAGAAAAUAAUAAAGAACAACAAAUAAUUUCAUGGAAUGAAAUUGCUAGACCACAAAUUCAUGGUUAUGAUUUAGAAUGCUUCACUUUUAUUAAUAAGAAAACUCAUGUUAUAGUUUCAGGUGCAGAAGAGAAAAUUAUGAGAGCAUUUGUUGGUUCUCAAAAUUUUGUUGAUACUCUAUUAAAUAUUUCAAAAGUUCAACCUGUGAAUGAUGGUACUCAAAGACCACUAGCUGCAAAUCAACCAUCAUUAGGUUUAUCAAAUAAACCAUAUUUUACAGGUGGUUCUGAUUAUAAUGAAAAUAUAGAUAAUAAUAAUAAUAAUAAUAAUAAUAAUGGUAAUGGUGAAGAAAAUACAGAAGAUUCAAUUAAAAUGAAGAUGGGUGGUGGUGAUGAGGGUGGUGGUGGUGAGGGUAUGGAUACUGGUUAUUUUGAAGAUGAAAUACCAUUUAAUCCAGAGGUAUUAAGUGAACCACCAUUUGAAGAACAUUUAUUACAAUCAAGUCUUUGGCCUGAAAUUCAUAAAUUCUAUGGUCAUGGUAAUGAAAUUGUUGCAGUUGCAUGUAGUGCCGAUGGUAUGUAUUUAGCAUCAACAUGUAGAGCAUCAUCAGCUGAUCAAGCAACAGUUCGUAUUUGGAAUGUAUCGAAUUGGAAAGAGUGUGCCAACUUGAAAGGUCAUACCCUUACCGUUGUAAAUUUAUCAUUCUCUCAUAAUAGUAAAUAUCUAUUGGGUGUAAGUAGAGAUCGUAUGUGGACACUCUGGGAACGUUCUGCUUCAAACAGUGAGGAGCCAUUUGUCAAAGUUAUAAGUGCACCAAAGUCACAUGGUCGUAUCAUUUGGUCAGGAAGUUGGAGUCAUGAUGAUAAAUUCUUUGCAACUGGUGCUCGUGAUAAGUUGGUAAAAGUCUGGAAUCUUGACAAUAUUAAAGACAUAAAGAAUGCCUGCGCUUCAACAUUACCAGCAUUUGGUUCAGGUGUGACUUGUGUUGAAUUUGCUCCAAAAUCUUCAAAAUUCACUGGUGAACAUGGUGACCAUUUAUUGGCAGUUGGUGAGGAUGAUGGUAAAAUCACAAUUUGGAAAUCCACCACCUCAACUUCAAAUCCAAAAUCUUUGGAUUGGACUUGUGUUCAUACAAUUUCACCAUUAAUCUCCCACACUUUAGAUGUUAGAAGAAUUCGUUGGAGAGAUACUCCAACCAUUAAUGGUAAUUCAUUAACUUAUCAAAUCGUUACUUGUAGUGUCGAUCAUUCAGUUCGUAUUUUUAAUAUUAAAUUUGAUUAA